UGUCACUGUUUACAGGAUGGUUGCAGCUUGUGUAGGGGACUUCGUGCGCCCCAAGCCCGGCUCCCCCCCCACCUGCCACCUCUACGUGGCCAACUUGGGCCCUGCGGUCGGGGUGUCCGUUUUGAAGGCCCGCACAAUCUUUGCGGCAUUCGGCACCAUCACAGACCUCCAAGAAGCAGGGGAGUCCGGGAACCGGCUGUACGUUAGCUUUGCGGAUAGCGCCUCUGCACAGGAAGCACGGGCGGCGCUUCACGAGAGGCCUUGUCUGGCUGCAGGAGGCCGGGUCCUCAGUAUCCAGUAUGCAGAGCUGAAAACGGCGGGGCUGCAAACAGGGCCUCCGCUGCCAGAGGUGUGUGUCUCUGGAGAGCAGGUUGGGAUACCGGGGCUUGUUUGCAUUCCUGAUUUUGUUUCUGAGGAGGAAGAGAGAGAGCUGGUGGCGGCGGUGGAUGAUGGGAAUUGGCACCGCUUGGCCAAGCGGCGGGUGCAGCAUUACGGGUAUGAGUUCAAGUAUCAGUCUCGGAAUGUGGACCCGACGGCAGAGCUGGGUGCGUUCCCACCACCCCUCCAAUCAGUAUCACAGAGGGUCGAGCGGCUGCUUACAGGGGAGUGUGAACAAGUUUGUUCGGAAGAUGACGCUACAGGCGGAAAACAAACAGAGGCGGAGCAAUCCUGGCCGCUAGACCAGCUUACGGUGAAUGAGUACCCCGCAGGCGUAGGGCUGUCCCCUCACGUCGAUACCCACUCCGCUUUCCAUGGGGCAAUCGUUUCGCUCUCUCUGGCUGGGCCCACCGUCAUGGAGUUCCGCAGGCAGUGUCAAGAAGCUCAGGCCCCCGACGGGUCGUCUAGUACUGACACCACCGAUGGGCUUCUCGAGCGGCGGUGCCUGUUUCUAGCCCCUCGCUCCCUACUCGUUCUGACAGGCGAAGCGCGGUAUGCUUGGCAGCAUUACAUCCCGCACCGGAAAAGCGACCUUGUACGAGGGGAAAUAGUACUCAGGGGGAGGCGAAGGGUUUCGCUAACUUUCCGGAAGGUGCGAACGGGCCCCUGCCGGUGUGAAUACCCCGAGAGCUGCGACUCCCAGCAGGGCGUGCGAGAGGGGGGGCCGAAGAGGGCAGAGAAGGGGGGGUGGAUGAGGAUGGAAGGGGCUCGAGAGAGCGGGGUGCAAGAAACUGGAGAGGCUGGCAUGGAUCUGGCAACAGCAACGGACAAAACUUUAGAGGCGCUGGAAGCCCUGGACGUUAGGACAAAUCUCAGCCCCCAGGCCGUAGAGAUACGGGAUGGAUCGACAAAUACAUCAAGGUCGGAAUGCUUACCAAGAUUGACACCGGAAGAAGGGUCGGUCCACCCGCUACUUAGCGAGGAGAGCUCUGGUGCGGGUGGUGCCUCGCCUUUUGUGGUCCCCGAGAUCGAGAAGCGGCACGUGCACCAAGUGUAUGACGCCAUCGCAAUGCACUUCAGCGCCACGCGCUUUGCAAAGUGGCCAAAGGUUGCACAGUUCCUGGAGGGCCUGCCAGAGGGAUCCCUCGUGGUGGAUGCGGGCUGCGGCAACGGGAAGUACCUCGGCUUCAACCCCUCCUGCUUCUUCCUCGGCUGUGACAUCAGCGCGCCUCUGGUCGGGAUGGCCAGCAAGCGGGGCUUCGACGUGGCAGUCGCCGACGCGCUCCGGCUGCCGUACCGCACCGCCUCGUGCGACGCAGCCAUCUCGAUCGCGGUUCUGCACCACCUGAGUUCCGAUGCGCGCCGCCGGCAGGCCAUCCGGGAGCUUCUGCGCAUCGUCAAAAGCGGGGACCGGAUUCUAAUCACGGUCUGGGCGCGGGAGCAGGAAGACCCGAAACUGCUCGGGAAGUGGACGCCGCUGAUCGGGACCGAGGCCUGGCCGGAGGACCUGGUGGCGCCCGGGGGAAAGCAACCGGGCGACAGGGGGAGUGCCCAGGAGCAAGCCUCGGGGGUGGAGGGUUUGGCAGGGGAGAGGACGAGUGAAGAAGGGCGGGGCAGUGGGCGAAAAAAGAUGGGACUUGCAGACAGAGGUGGAAAUGAAGUUGGGACCACGGGAGAAGGAACGGAGAAUGGACACGGGCCGUCGGAUGCUUCGGAAAGUCCGCUCCGAGAGCGGCGGCCGAGCGGGACGCUCGAGAGCAUACCGGAAAGCGGGGCCGGGGCUCCUAAGCCUGACAGGGCGGCAAACGAGGUCAAAGUAAGUAUGCGGGAAGGAGAAGUGCUUCUCGAUCCAGCGGAGAAUCCCGACAGCCCACCUUCCGGAAGCUCCGCCCAAGCAGAUACGAGUAUAGAGUUGAGCGAAGCCUCGGAGGGAUCCCCUCUUCCGGGGGACGGGUCGGGGAGCGUCCAGGAGUACUUUGUGCCGUGGCAUCUGCCGUAUCACCGGGUGGAAAUCGGGGUUGCCGACCGGGACGGGGAGCGGGGACUGGCACGGCGGGACCCCCUGAAGCAAGCGCUCGUGUACGAGCGGUACUACCACGUGUUCGUGGAGGGGGAACUGGAAAGGCUAGUCAACGAGGUCGGAGGUUGCACCAUUGUGGAUCACUUCUUUGACAAGUCGAACUGGUGUGUCAUAGCCGCGAAGCACUGAUGGUGCUGCCACUUGAAACACUGAGCGGCUCAUGCUCCCACUGUAGUCACACUAAGUGGCAGCUGAUUGCUUUGUCCGACGGUCGAUCGAGUUGUACGCUCGAUCAGCCUACAACUCUCGUUGCCAAGAUGCGAUCAAGGGACUACACACUGCUUAGCUCAAGGAUCUUGACGGUCUUCGUUGCCACGCUGCAUGCUUCCUUAGUCUCACCGGAUCAUGAAGACUGCAAGGAAACGCAGCGCGGAAAGUGCAGCCGCCGGGCUCCGAGUGUAGUGACUCCUGCUGCUUUACUUGUGCACGAUUGUAAAUGCAGCUACAAAUCGUAAAUGCAUGCGCACACGGAUCAGUCACACAAAUGCUCUUAACCUCACG